AUGACUAUAGUGGCUAACCAUAAAAGUACUUUGGAUGAUCCUUGUUUAUGGGGCGUGUUACCGACCAAGACAUUAUUUUCAAUUGACAAAAUGCGCUGGACUCUGGGUGCAGCAGACAUCUGUUAUACUUCAGUCUUUAGAUCCUAUUUUUUUGCGUUUGGACAGACAAUACCGACCAUUAGAGGAGGCGGAAUCUAUCAGCCAGGUGUGGAUUAUGCCAUUCAUGCCUUGAACCAGGGUGGAUGGGUACACAUAUAUCCUGAAGCCAAAGUAAACCAAACAGCCAAGAUGAUUCGGUUCAAAUGGGGUAUCGGCCGUAUCGUCAUGGACAUGAAUCAUGAACCGAUCGUUAUACCCAUCUGGCAUGAAGGUAUGGAGAAAACGAAACCACUGUAUGAUCCAGCUGUGCAUUUCAAUCAAUCUAUCGUCUUGGUCUUUGGAGAACCUGUGGAGUAUCGUGAUAUAUUGGAUGCUUGGAAACGAAAUGAACUGACAAGAGAGGAAGCACGAAUCCAGAUCACUCAGAGGUUUUAUGAUGCAAUAGAAAACUUAGAGAAAAAAUACCGUUCGAUGCAGAAAUAA